UUAGUAGACAGGAGCCACAGCUGUUACAGAGGUAGCAAAAUUGACAACCUGUGCUGAGUUUUCCUUCCCUUAGCACAGAGCCGCAGAUGGAUUCUGAUGUGAUGCUUCUCUGUUUCCGAAUAACUUCAGCCACACGUGCCUCAGUACAGAUUUUGCAAGAGAGACAAAGCGAUGUUCUGUGGGUGGAAGAUCAUGAGAAAGGUUACGACUCUUCCGAACUCUCUGGUUGGGGACGCUGUGCCUCGCCAAAGGAUGCGGAAGCGGGCAAAAGUUUUAUCUUUGGCUAAAAGGAUUCUGUGUAGUAAUAGGGAAUGUCCAACUCUGCAGCCGAAAGAACCGCCUCCUUCUUUGCUAGAGCCAGAUUUGACUGAAUUUGAUGUAAAGCAUUCCCAUUUGCCAUCGGAAGUCCUAUACGUGCUUAAAAAUGUUAGGGUCCUUGGCCACUUUGAGAAACCUCUUUUCCUGGAACUGUGCAAGCAGAUGUUAUUUGUGCAAUUGCAUGAAGGUGAAUACGUCUGCUGUCCUGGGCAGCUGGAUGACAGCAUCUACGUUGUGCAGGAUGACAAGCUGGAAGUUUGCAUUCAAGAAAGCGUAAGAACAAACCGAUCUGCGGUUCUUGAGGGUGGAACAGAAGUGGUUGUUAAGGAGGUGCUGGCGGGAGCCAGCGUCCACAGCCGCCUCAGCAUCCUUGAUGUUACCGUGGUAAGUUCUUGAAAGUGAAGGUUUUCUGCAGCGCUGCUUUAGGUCGCAGAGCGUGUUGGGGGAAGUAGACUUUGAACAUUGCUAGGAAAGAAUCGGCAUGGAAAAAGUUUCUUUGACUAAUUCUUUUCCUCCUCCCAGGCCUUCACAGCUGUAAACUUAGUGCUGUGGUGUGUAAGUUGGUUGUGAAGCAUGUAUGCUUGACAGUGUAACACCGGCUAUUUCUGAUAAGCAGUAGGAUAUGAAUUAUUCUUUUAUGGCCGGUCAGGGCCCAGAAGUCCAGGCUUUUACACCGUUUGCUUACUGAAUUUAUUUUUAUUUAGUCUAAUGAAAAUAAACCUGACAGUUGUUAUUACUGUAAUUAUACUGUGAAACCAGUUGAUGGAUUUAAUUUUUUUUCCUAAGCUGGUGACUAUCGGAAGGUUGUGCUCCUUGGCAGGUGACAAGAUGAGCUACAUGGUAGUUGGUCGUAUUUAUUGCACAAAUUAGCGGUGUGGAUUUUGCUUCAGUUGGAGUUACAAUGGUGGUUUUGCUGAAAUUGUCACAGUGUCUCUAUUUAGGAAUACCUAAACAGAAGGUGGUGAAUUCAUCAUCUUUGAUAAUAUGCAAGCACUUCAAGCGUUUGCUUGAAGGAUUUUGAUAGUUGAGAGGAUGAAGAUAGUGUAAUCAAUAAGUUGUUCAUAUUUGACCUUGUAUCAUGUUUCUCUUGUGCUUGGCUGUCUCCGUUCAUUAAAAGGUACUGUUAUUCCAUCUGUACGUAGUUUUAAUGAUUCUGUAAAGUGUUCUUUGCCACUUCUAGGUGCAAGCGUGUAUCUGUGUAUCUGUACGUAUAAUUUCCAUAAAACCUAUUGAAAGUGAUAAACAAUUUUUAAGCUUGGUCACGCUCUCUUCUGUAGAAAGUAAUAGCACAUGAAUAAUUUGGACUGCAGGAGUCUAGUUCAUGCCGUCAAAUCCGUAUUAAUAGCAGAUGUAGAGGCAUCUUUGCCCUUGUUACUUCCACCAGUAAAUUUUCUUAAUGACAAUAUUCUAAAGAGCAGGACCAUCGUAUAGGAACGUGAAUACUAGUCAUGUUCUUUUCCUAUAUUCUUUUUGAAUAAACAAGAAGAAAUCCUUCUGGUAUAACAA